GUUUGCUUUAGAACGCCAAUGUGUUAACAUCUUGUUGUUUGCGUUUCGCGAGAAUAAAAUUAUUUUGAAACCAUCGCAAUUAAGCGGAUUUAGAGUUUUUAUAUCUGAUUCGAUGUUUCCAUAAUGUUAAUGUUGAGACUUUUAUUAACUGCUUUAGCGAUAGUGAUUAAAAUAAAUACUGUGAUAAGUUUAAGAAACGAAACUGUUGUAGACCCAUCAAUAUCAUGGUUUUUAAAAUACACGCCACUUGUUGAUUUGACGGAUAUUCCUGAAAUAAAUGCACAGUGUCGUAAUGAUUUUCAAACAUUCUUAAUUGCCAUGGAGAACCUCGAGUUGUGGGCUUUGAAAAUGCAUGACGCAACUGCUAAAAUUCCGAGUGGCAUUUUCAACGGCAACAUGAAUCAAUAUGGCGAUUAUGAUCAGUGUCUAAACACUGUUUCACGUUCUGAAAGCUUUCAAGGAAAAUAUUGCAUUGCUUACCUCCAGCCGCGAUCAAAAAGUGGCGCUAUGAGAGAUCUUCUAAAGCUCGUUCAAUCACACGAGUUCUUUAAAAGCAAUUUCAAUGAUUGUGGUCACAGAACGCCCCGAUUUUCGCAUAUAAAUUGGGCUGUUUGCAUACCUUCAAGUUGUUCUCACGAGGAUCUUGAGCAUGGCAUCAAAGCUUUUCUUAGAAAGUAUUCAGAGAAGUCAGACAUAAUCAUCGAUGUCAAGGUUAAGACGAACAAAAAUGAAUGGUUAAUCGCUUUUUCGGUAACUAAGAAUAUUCAAGAUUUGCUAAAUGUCGAUGAUAAUCCAAAUGAGAUUCAAACAGUUCACGGCAUUCGGUUUUUGAAUGCCAUGGUGUUAAUGUUCACACAUAAAUCUAUGGCAAUACUCUUCAAUCCAUUUAUAAAUCGCACCGAGAUGACAAAGCGAUUGGCUAAUCCAUUCCUGCUUGUUUACGCAUCAGCAGCAUCACUUUACACUGACAUCUUUUUAAUGCUGAGUGGUUUACUUACAACUUACACACUUAUCGGACGAUUGCAAAAAGGUCGGAAGAUCGUCAUUUGGCGUGAAUUACUUGAUCGAUAUGUUCGAAUUGUUCCUUCGAUAAUCUUCCUGAUUCUCUUCUGCACUUAUAUUCUGCCACUCCUUGGCUCGGGUCCAAUGUGGAAUCUUGUUGUGACAUCUCAUUCUGACAUCUGUAAAAAGCAUUGGUGGCGAAAUCUUCUCUUCGUUCAGAAUUGGUUCGGCUACAAUUCAAUUUGUCUAACAAACACGCACCACACUGGAAUUGAUAUGCAACUAUUUAUUGUCGCGAUAUUUCUCACAAUCGGAUUGUGGAGGUGGCCGAAACGGGGAAUUCAAGCAAUUAUUGGUCUUUCGAUUCUUUCAACAAUCGCGAGAUUUUACGUGACAAUCACACAUGAGCUUUCCAUUCAUAUCUUUUUUGGAAUAAGUCUUUCGAAGAUUGCUGAAGUUGCCGAUCGAAUGUACAUUAUCCCACCAUUUCGCUUUACAGUUUAUUCAAUGGGAAUGCUUCUAGGUUACAUUUUGAGAAGGCACAAAGACUCUCAAAUGACGCCAAAGCAAGCAAAGCUUGGAUGGACAUUCGGAUUUCUUGCCUUCUUCAUCACACUUUUCGUGUCAAUUCGAAUGAAUUUUCCCGAUUACAAAUAUAACAGCUUUGAAGCUGCUUUAUAUGCUGCAUUUGCGCCAGCAUCGUGGUGUGUCUUAUCAGCAUGGAUAAUCUUUGCAUCAGAGAAGGGAUGUAACAAUCAAAUUGUGCAACUCUUCAAGAUGAAGAUUCAGAGGAUCUUCACGAAGAUAUCUUACGCAAUUUAUCUCACACAAUUUCCAAUUUUUUUCUACAACGUUGGUAAAGUGCGCAACGCUGAAUACUUUGAAUUCAUCAAGUUGAUGUACAACGUUGAAGAGUUCAGCAGUAUUAUCAUCUGUUCACUGGCAUUGCAUCUGUUUAUUGAAGCACCAUUCAAUAAUGUUCGUAAAAUUAUCUUUGAUAAAAAACCUAUCGCUACCAAAAAGAUUGAUUAAUUGACGCCAUAAACAUUUAAGUUCUUUUUAUUGUGUUUUUAUUUUGUGUUGUUCGCUAAUAAGUUUCUCUCGAGUCAUUUAUGAAAUAAAAUAAAAUGAAAAGAACGCUUUAAAAACGUGAUUCAAUAUUGGAUAUUAAAUCACGUGAGAUUGCACAUCGGUUUUGAUGGAAAAUUAUUAUUAUUGUUUUUUAAAUACAUUUCACCUUCAUAACAAAUAUUUUGAUAAGUUUAUGAGUUGAUUCUUUAGAAUUUAAUAAUUUAUAGAUAAGCAAGAUUAUGUUCAGAAAAAAAAAUCAUUUUAACGCGCAAUAAAUAUUUUUUCAUUGAAAUUCGCAACUACAAAAAA